UUUCUUUUCUUAUGGAACAUACAUAUCAAUAUGCCUGGGUAAUUCCUCUUCUCCCACUUCCAGUUAUUAUGUCAAUGGGAUUUGGACUUUUUCUUAUUCCUACAGCAACAAAAAAUCUUCGUCGGAUAUGGGCUUUUCCUAGUAUUUUACUCUUAAGUAUAGCUAUGGUAUUCUCACUUCACCUGUCUAUUCAACAAAUAAAUGGAAGUUCUAUCUAUCAAUAUCUAUGGUCUUGGACCAUCAAUAAUGAUUUUUCCUUAGAAUUUGGAUACUUGGUCGACCCCCUUACGUCUAUUAUGUUAAUACUAAUUACUACUGUAGGAAUCUUAGUUCUUAUUUAUAGUGACGAUUAUAUGUCUCACGAUGAAGGAUAUUUGAGAUUUUUUGUUUAUAUAAGUUUUUUUAAUACUUCCAUGUUAGGAUUGGUUACUAGUUCCAAUUUGAUACAAAUUUAUUUUUUUUGGGAACUUGUCGGAAUGUGUUCCUAUUUAUUGAUAGGCUUUUGGUUUACGCGGCCAAUUGCAGCGAGUGCUUGUCAAAAAGCUUUUGUAACUAAUCGUGUAGGGGAUUUUGGUCUGUUAUUAGGAAUUUUAGGUUUUUUUUGGAUAACGGGUAGUUUGGAGUUUCGGGAUUUGUUCAAAAUAGCUAAUAACUGGAUUCCUAAUAAUGGGAUUAAUUCCUUACUUACUACUUUGUGUGCUUUUUUAUUAUUCCUUGGUGCAGUUGCAAAAUCUGCACAAUUUCCUCUUCACGUAUGGUUACCUGAUGCUAUGGAAGGACCCACUCCUAUUUCGGCUCUUAUACACGCAGCAACUAUGGUUGCUGCGGGGAUUUUUCUUCUAGCUAGACUUCUUCCUCUUUUCAUAUCCCUACCCUGGAUAAUGAGUUUCAUUUCUUUAAUAGGUACAAUAACACUCUUCUUAGGAGCCACUUUAGCUCUUGCUCAGAGAGAUAUUAAAAGAAGCUUAGCCUAUUCUACAAUGUCUCAAUUGGGUUAUAUGAUGUUAGCUCUAGGUAUAGGUUCUUAUCAAGCUGCUUUAUUCCAUUUGAUCACUCAUGCUUAUUCGAAAGCUUUAUUGUUCUUAGGAUCCGGAUCCGUUAUUCAUUCAAUGGAACCUCUUGUUGGAUAUUCACCAGAUAAAAGUCAGAAUAUGGUUCUUAUGGGUGGUUUAAGAAAAUACGUUCCAAUUACAAGAACUACUUUUUUAUGUGGUACACUUUCUCUUUGUGGUAUUCCACCUCUUGCUUGCUUCUGGUCCAAAGAUGAAAUCCUUAGUAAUAGUUGGUUGUAUUCACCCUUUUUUGGAAUAAUAGCCUCUUUUACUGCAGGAUUAACUGCAUUUUAUAUGUUUCGGAUAUAUUUACUUACUUUUGAUGGGUAUUUGCGUGUUCAUUUUCAAAAUUACAGUAGUACUAAAGAAGGUUCGUUGUAUUCAAUAUCCUUAUGGGGAAAAAGUAUAUCCAAAGGAGUCAAUAGGGAUUUUGUUUUAUCAACAAUGAAGAGUGGAGUUUCUUUUUUUUCACAAAAUAUACCAAAAAUUCCUGCUAAUACAAGAAAUAAGAUAGGAUCCUUUAGUACUCCCUUUGGGGCUAAAAAUACUUUUGUCUAUCCUCAUGAAACGGGAAAUACUAUGCUAUUUCCUCUUCUUAUAUUACUACUUUUUACUUUGUUCAUUGGAUCCAUAGGAAUCCAUUUUGAUAAUGGAGUAAAAGAUAAUAGAAUAUUGGAGUUAACCAUAUUAUCAAAGUGGCUAACUCCUUCAAUAAACUUGUUCCAGGAAAAUUCUAAUUCUUCCAUAAAUUCAUAUGAAUUUCUCACUAAUGCAAUUUCUUCUGUAAGUUUAGCAAUUUUUGGUCUAUUCAUAGCAUAUAUCUUUUAUGGAUCUGCUUAUUCUUUUUUUCAGAAUUUGAAUUUUCAAAAUUCCCUUGUAAAAAAGAAUCCAAAAAAGAGCUUUUUGGAUGAAGUAAAAAAAAAGAUAUACAGCUGGUCAUAUAAUCGUGGUUAUAUAGAUUUUUUCUAUACUAGGGUUUUUAUCCUAGGUAUAAGAAGAUUAGCCGAACUAACGCAUUUUUUUGAUAAAGGUGUCAUUGAUGGAAUUACCAAUGGAGUAGGUCUUGCUGGUUUUUGUAUAGGAGAAGAAAUCAAAUAUGUAGGGGGAGGGCGAAUAUCGUCUUAUCUAUUCUUUUUUUUAUGUUAUGUAUCCUUGUUCUUAUUCUUUAUUCCAUGAAAAUGGAUUAUUCCAUGAAUUCCUCAAAACGAGGCUCAUCAAAAUGCAAAAUCUAAGACUACUAUAAGACUACUAAUAAAAUAAGAAAAAAAUGAGAACGAUUAAAUUACUUCUCCCGAAUAUCCAACUGACUUAUUAAUUUCUUAUAACGUACUCUAUUUUUCUUUGCCAAAUAAGCCAGCAAACGUUGACGUUUUCCCAAAAGUCUUCGUAGACCUCUUUCCGAUGAAAAAUCUUUUUUGUGUAAUUCUAAAUGUGAAGCAAGUCUCCGU